AUGGACUCUCCGCUGCGCGCCUACCUGCGGGAUGCACCCCGCAGGUUCAACUACGACCUCAAGGACGAAGCCCAGCGCGAAAUCACCUCGGAGCUCUAUGCGUCGCUCUGGGACAACAACGACGAGUACCUCCACAACUACUUCCCACACUUUGUCGAGGCAAGACAGAACGGCGUCACAGUCUUGACUGACAACGGCGAUGACGAGUACUCACCUUCGGCUAGAGGACAGGCCUGUGGGCACACUUUCAAGAUGGGUGAAGGCGUGUUUCGUUGCAGAACAUGUGCGUUAGACGAGACCUGCGUCUUUUGUCUGCGGUGCUUCCACGGCACAAACCACGAGGGCCACGACACUUCGUUCUCCGUCAAUGCUGGUGGCGGAGGCUGCUGCGACUGCGGAGACUCGGAGGCAUGGAAGGUUGAUCUAGAUUGCAUCUAUCACUCUGCGAAAAACAUUCCUCCCAACGAAAACGACCCCAAGAACCUGGACUAUCCACCCGAAGUCGUGGCCUCGAUUCGCAAAACCAUUGCCACUGUCCUCGACUUUAUUAUCGACACCAUGACCACCUCCCCCGAGAACAUGAACGGCACCCGUGUCAGCACGGAGCAGAUCCAGCGCGAUGCCGUCGAUGCAGGCAACAUUGCAGGAGAAACAACCGAUUUGGACAGCAUGGAAUUCGUAUGCAUCCUCUGGAACGAUGAGGACCACUCCUUCACGACCGUCAUCAAUCGAGUCUCGGAAACAACCAAUAUGUCAUCCAACUACGCGAGAAAAAUUGCAGAGACAGUUGAUACUCAGGGACGUGCGAUUGUAGAGAGGUCCAGCGAUAUACCAAGGCUCAUGGAGAUUGCCAGUAGUCUGGCCGAUAUUGGACUGGUCGUUAGCAUCCGAUCUGCAAGAGAAACGUUCAAGGAACAGCUGUGCGAUGUCUGUAUUUCGUUCCUUAAGUCCCUCGCAUACGUCAAAGGAGGAGCUGUCUCACAAAAACAGUCGUUGACGAUCCGUGAAAUCAUUUGCGAAGAGUUGUGCAGUGAAUGGCGUCGGAAACUGAACAAGAACAACACAAUGCACCAACAGGACACUGUUGUAGAAAUGGAGGAUGACUUUAUUGACAUUGUCGGCAUCAAUCCAGAGGAUGAGACGCGACCGAGCAUGGCGCAGGAACUGGAUGUCGACGGGGACAUGGAUCUCUCUAGCUCACAUCAUGAUGAACCAGCGGGCGAUACUGUUGGUCGAUCGCAUGCUGGAUUCGGCCGCGGUAGCGACUCGGUGAUGGUUCCUGCUGGGCAUGAUGAGGACACGUUAAUGCUGGAAACAUUGGACACAAGCAAUGCAGAUGUCCACUCCUCCGACCCAUUCGCCAAGAGCGCCAGAGCUGGUCCGCCCCAUCGCAAGCUGAGGAUCGACUGGCUGCUGUUGCUGGACCUCAAGUUCUGGAAGCUGCCACGAGCGAGUUUACGCGAGGUGUACAUUGGAACCCUAGUGCUUAGCCCAAAGUACAAAAAGUUCAUGGCUGUACGAUUUGCGUUCAACUAUCUAAAAAUCGCCAGAGCGUUCCUUGUUGUGGAUCGUGAGCCUGAGCUGUCAAUCAUUUUGUUCUCUGUGCAGCUCUUCACCGUCCCGACGAUCGCAGAGAUGUUGGCGCGCGAACACAAUUUCAUCUACAUCCUUUGUCAAAUCCUCAUUUCCUUCUUCCAAGGACCCAACUACAACGGUGGACCGAUCAACUGUAAUCUGCCGCCCUUUGAGAACCGUCGCUACUUUCACAUCUUCCACGAUUUCCGGUACAUUCUGGCCAACGAUGCCGUCAAACAGAUUGUCGCCAACCGUCCUGCAUAUCAGACCCAGAUGAUCGAAUGCCUCAACAUGUUCCAAGGAAUGCAUCCCAACACGCGCUACUCAAUCGACCAUAUCGAAUUUGAAGCCAACACCUGGGUGAAUGCAUUCAAUGUAACGCUGCAGCUCUAUAAAUGCUGCCGACAGUUCUCGGAUUGCUUCACAUCGAGUCCCAUGGUCUUGACGCAGGUGCUUGCACGAACAGUCAAGAAGAUUUACGAGUGGUGCGACAAGCAUGAAGAGGAGAUGGCUGUGAACGAGGACGCACAGCCACCACAGCAGACCGCGCAGACGCACUAUAUCCAGGACUCAGUCAUCAUGGAAGCAGGAAGCAUGCCUGGCACAUUCCAGCCACAUCAUGCAGGAGCGGUGUCCGCAGCAUCAGCAUCGGCUCCAGGUCCCUCAACCUCAGCCUCUGCUUGCCGGACUCAGGUGCAUACAAUCGCCAUGCCUACAACGCCUCCAUCGACUUUCGAGGUGAUUGAGUACAAGGUCUCAGCUCAACCUGUCGCAUUCCACCAUCCUCUGCACUGGUUUUUGGCGGAUCUACUAGAGAAUGUCAACUAUUUGGACUCAAAGGAGCUGCAAACCGUUGGAUUUGAAUCCUUCCGCCAGAUGAUGCUCCAGUUUGUCGGGAACGAGGGUGAUUCUGAGGAGAAGCGGAUGUUUAAACUGCAGGAGAUCUUUGAUUAUCCAUUGCGAGUAUGCGUCUUGAUGGCGCAGAUCAAGGCGAACGUUUGGGUGCGAAACGGAUUUGUCAUUCGUACACAGGCUCAGUACUACCGCGAAGUUUCGUUGCGCGAAAACACUUACGACUCAGACAUUUUCCUGCUUCAGAUCGCCAUGGUCCUGUUUGAGCCUGAGCAUUUCCUUGUUACGGCUCUGGACAGAUUCGAGCUCUUGGAAUGGUUCUCGGGACAGAGGGAGCACAACACGUACGACUUGUUGCAAAUCGUCUUUAUGGCCGAGGAACUUUUGACCCUGCUGAUCGUCUGCGUCUCCGACCGGGUCAACGCUGCAGGAUUCACGGUCGAGCAGGAGAUCAGGCGAGAGAUUGUUCACGGCCUUUGUUUGAAGCCGAUCGCUUAUUCGGAACUGACCAAGCGUAUUCCUGAACGAUUGGCCGAGCACGUCAAAUUUGAUGACACUCUUAAAGAGCUCGCAUCCUAUCGCGCGCCGGAUGGAAUCACCGAUUAUGGACUGUACGAACUUAAGGAUCAGUUCUUUGAUGAAGUCGACCCGUAUUUUAUUCAUUUCUCGAGGAACAAUAGCGAGGAGGCCGAGGAGAUUCUCAAGAGUCGCAUUGUCAAGAAGAGCAACAACAAGAUCAAGUCACCACAAAUCCUGCCCAAGCUGUCCAAGGUUGAGCGCGGUCCAUUCCAGAACCUUGGCAACAUGAUGCAUACCAAAGUCAUGACUCAGAUCCUCUUUUACACCUUCUGGAAUGUUAAGGCGGAGCCCAAGAUCAAGUCCGAUACAAUCAUCGACCAAGCGGCGUAUCUGAUGCAGAUUGCCAUUCUUGAUCCUAACAAUGACGCGGCACGAAGCCUGGCUGAGGACCUAGCCAUCGCUUCUUCCGGCCUCGGCAUGGCAGGAUUUAUGCAACACGCAACAUUUGAGAAGUUUCCAGUCAUUGUGAACGGAAACGAGAGAAUCCGCCUGUCGCUGCUCUCCAUCCUCAUUCAGCGCGCAGAUGAUCCCGCCUACAAGAGCAUCCAGCCCAAGCUAAACUUCGUGCUUAACAAGUUUGAGGAGCUUGGCUCCACAGAGGCCAAGGCCAUCGUUGGCCAGUGGAAGGCGUCCAAGAGCCCAUCCGAGAGCGAAGAAUCGGGCACAAGUGAAAUGGAAGAGGCGGAGCGUAAGAAAAAGGCGAACCAAGAGCGUCAGGCGAGGAUCAUGGCACAGUUCGCUCAAGCGCAGCAGAGCUUCAUGUCACUAAACGAGGAUCUCUACGAUUCUGAUGAGGAUGAGGACGUAAAGUCAAUGAACGACGAGGAGGAGAACAUUGAACUUGGGGCUCAAAAAAUUGCAGAAACCACCUGGCACUAUCCCACUGGCACCUGCAUCGUCUGCCAGGAGGAAAUGACACAGUCGAGCGAGUACGGCAUGCUGGCGUAUGUUCAGCGAUCCCAUGUCCUUCGACAAACGCCCAUGGAGGAUCCACAGUUUUUACUGGAGGCGGUCGUAUCACCACUCAGCUUGGAUGUUUCAGCGACAUCCAUUCGUCCCUUUGGCAUCGCCUCCAACUUUGAGAAACACAACAGCAGCUUUGAAAAGAAUGCCAACUCUGAUCCCGACUCCUCACAAUCCAGCCCAAAGCAGGACAAGGCACCUGGAGUGGGAAGCCAUCCAUACAAGCCCCAGAAGGUCGCCAGAGGAUUUCCAACAACAUCUCACAGGGGAGGCCUUUAUACGUCGAGCUGUGGGCAUCUUAUGCACAUCAAAUGCUUUGAGACCUAUGUCCGCUCGUUGCAGCAGCGUCAUGAGGCACAGCACAACCGGAACCACCCUGAGGAUCCAUCUCAGCGUGAAUACAUGUGUCCAUUGUGCAAGUCGCUUGGCAAUCUGCUGCUGCCCAUCAUUUGGAAAGGCAAGAAACAGACUUAUCCCGGCGUACUUGUUUCUAACAGUAGCAGCUCCUCUCGAGACUGGCUCAAGAAGGAUGCAGUGGACACACUAGUCCAGCUCGCUAAGGACAUGAAGGAGUCGUUGAUGAAGAUUGAAUCUGAGCCUGCUCGAUUCUCGCGAUCCGGCGAAACCCAAGGCAUGAGCAGUGGACGGAGGAACAGCCGUACUCAGAGUGUGAUUGGUAUUGUCCAAGGCUUGAUCCGGGGGCCGAAUCUCGGGGGACCAUUCAUUCGAGGCACAAACGGUGUGGGAGUCUUUACGGAGCCUCCUGGAUACCAGAACCUCCAAGGAAUGUAUGGACCGGCUUCGUCUAUGGCGGCGCAGAUGAGUCAAGUUCAGGAUGCCACUGAGCCCGACUUGGUGAAGAUCAUGUACCUGCGACUAGCUGAGGUCUUCCAGAUGAACUUCAGGGAUCUUUACCGAACGGAGGAAGAAAGCAUGGAGAAUCAUAUGUUCAGCCAGGUGGCCGAAGUGGAUGUGAUGUGGGAGGCAUUCGCCUAUACGAUUUCCUGCGUUGAGAUUACUCAGCGCGGCGUCAAUGCAGCAAAUGGCACGUCGACUCUGAUUGCGGGCAUUCAGCAACAAACACUCACGCUUCUCCGUAUGAUGGCCGACACCAUCCUCUCGUAUACUUCCCUAAUGGUCAACCGGCCUGAGAACCAUUUCCGGAUGUCACAGAUGAGCUCGGAGCGGCUCGCAAAGAUUCUGCAGGGGCAUCCAGGAUUACAUUCAACAAUGGUUCCACUGUUAGUGCGGAAUGAGCCGCUGUUAUUGGAUGAUCCAUUCUUUAUCUUGACCGAGCUGGCGCUGCACUCUCUCCCUAGAAAUGUUGAGCCUGGUCAUCUCCUUGAGAUACUCCUUAUGGUGGAGAUUGUCAAGACCGUUGCGGCCUUUGCGGCCACCGAUAUUGAGCCGCUGCUGGCAGGAGAGGCUCGAAUCAUGGCCUACACCGAGCACACUCUUCAGCCUUUGAGUCCAGAGGACUCAUCCGCAUGGGAGUCAUUUGUGGUGUAUGUGAUGAGGAGUCUGGGCAUGUCUGAAGCACAGCUUAACCAGUUCACGAACAAGAUGCCGGAUCGCCUGUUCUUCAAGCUGCUCAAGACCUAUGUGCUGCCAUUCCUAAGGAAAAGCGCACUGUUGUUUGAUGCUCGCUAUGGAGUCCUAUUCCCGGAGACACAGCCUGCCAUGUCGACGGCCGAACCUCUAGACGACGAGUACGCAAGGCUGGCUGCCCUGCUGCAUCUGCCAGAACUGCUACCACUGUGCACAAAGUGGAUCGAGGACGACCUGCUGAAGAACCUUCUCAGCGCGUGGUGCGAAGAUGUGGCAAAAUAUUCAGGACCAGGCUCCUUCCCUGGAUCGGAUGCAGGCGAAAGCUCGAGCGUCUCAAGGGGAAACGGGCCAACCUUUGCGCAGAGUUCCAAUCAAGAGUUCUCUUCACCGUCAUCGUACCCAUCAGCGGCAGCGCAUGCUCAGUUCAUGCGACUUUCGAUCGGCUUAAAUCACCCUGCGAUUUAUGAACUCGUUGGGUUGCCCAGACGGCUGGAUGCGCUAUUCGAGCAGAGCAUCAAGUAUAUUUGUCCCAAGUGUAACACUGUACCACAUGAUCCAGCGCUCUGUCUUUGCUGCGGGACUAUUGUGUGCAGCCAAAGCUUCUGCUGCUUGGAGGGUCUGGACAGCGAGGGUCGCGGUGAAUGUAACACGCAUGCUCUGACCUGUACUGGACCUGUUGGCAUCUAUCUGCUCAUCAAAAAGUGUGUGAUCCUUUUGCUGCAUGUCAGGAACGGAUGUUUUCACCCAGCGCCUUUCCUGGACGAGCACGGAGAGGCCGAUCUGGGUCUUCGACGCGGAAGACCCCAGUUCUUAAAUCCACUGCGAUAUGAUGAUCUCCGGCGGCUUUGGUUGACCCAUGGCAUCCCGAUCCAUGUUGCUCGCAAGAUUGAACAAUCGUACGACAUAGGCGGAUGGCGUACGUUGUAA